UUAGAGAGUCAGUCAAUAGGUCAGUGUCCGGGUAGGUCUAAGUGGCAAGGAGUGAGACUCUUGUCGUGCACCUGACACCACGAUGGAUGACUAUCCGAUGUAUGGGUUGCUUGUUGGGUUCUCCCUCUGGGGGACCCUUUGGCGUCUCCUCUUUCCUCUGGGCUUUUGGCCCACCUUUACGUGUAGAGUAGGGCUUCGGGGUGGUACUUCCACCCAGCCAUACACGAAGGAGGAGGAGGAGAAGAUGGCCGCCAUCCUGAGGGAAAGAAAAGAGAAGAAAGAGGCCAAGAAGAAGGCCCUACAGGAGGAGCAUGCGACCAAGUUGAAAAAGAUUGAGGAAGAGAUGGCCAGGGAGAAAGAGAGAUUGAAGAAGGAAGAAGAGGAGAAGUUGAAGGAGGUGGACGAGGAAGAGGAAGAAGAUGAAACGCCACUGCAAAGGAAGAGGGGGCAGUACAGUGGCAGCAAAGAUGAUGAGAUGGAAAAACGGAUUUCAGAGUGGGUCGCCAACUUAUCCCUGGGCGAAGAAGAAGAAGUGGCGAUAUAUAUUCCCAAGGAUGAGCAAGAAGCCGCUAUGAAAAAGUGGGACGCAGAAGAAGAUGUCCUGAAGCGGCAGGCGUUGGAAGAUGAGAAAAGGAUGGAGUGGAAACUGGCAGUGAUGAGGGAGAAGAAGAGGAGAGUGGACGUGGCAGCAGAGGCGGCGGAAGAAUUGGAGGAGGUAAAAAAGAUAGAAGAGCAAUUAGCCGCCCAGGAUGAACUCCCAAAGAAAAUGGAGGUCAUAGCCCGGAAUGUUGCACGCUUAGCGAGAAUUCAGGCAGAGCAGUAUGACUUCAGUAGGAGUCAGCAUAUAGCUGUGCGUUCGAUACGAUUCGGAUUUCGGGACUUUGCUCGUGAGUUGGUGGGAGCUGUAGGAACCGAGGUGGGCCAUCGCCUCGACAAGACUGAGAGGUUUUGUGCUGGCGCCAUUGAAGGCGUCAAGGCGGCAGUUCCCAAGGAGGAGGAAGCACGCCCUCGCCGAGAGCCGGUCAAAGUCAAAUUCCCUGAUUCCUACAGUGGAAAACGGGAAGAAAACUUUGACAAUUGGGAGGCCAAUGUCAAGACCUAUGUGCAUCUGCAACAGGUAUCCCCGGAUCAGCAUGUUCUAAUUGCGAUCCACUCGCUUAGAGAUGAGGCCGCCAGCUUCGCAAGGUCCCUAGUUCGUGCGGCCAACAGCAAUGAUGAUGCAGUUGCGUAUUCGUCGUUCACUCCCCUCAUCGAUUUCUUGAAGUUGCUGCGCGAGCGAUUUGCUGAUGUUGCUCAAAGUGUCGAAGCCUCAGAUAAGCUCCUGACAAUCCAUGCUUGUAAGUGGAAGAGUGUCAGGGCACUCAAGAGCACAAUGGAUGAAUUAGUGGCUGUACCUGACCACGGGGUCACUGACACCCAGUCGGUUGCCCUUUUCUAUCGGGCUAUGCCCGAAGCCUUUCGAGGGCAUUUCUUCGCGAAGAGCGAAGAUCCUGCCACCACGUACGAUUCCCUUAGCCGUGAAGUGGUGACCUUUGAAGCAAAGUCGGUGUCAGUUUCCUCAUUAUGGCACAAGGACUUGGAUAAGGGAAAGCAAUGGAAGGGCCGCACUAUCUCAGGGCAAGUAAAGACUAAGGAUAGUCUUGUCCUAACUUUAGAUGAGGGUAGUGUGGAUGAAAUCCCCUACGAUCAGAUUGAGUGGGGGUUAGAGGAGGAGGACAGUUGUGUGGGUCAGGGGAGAACUUACGCUGCUGUCGCGGCUGGAGCGAGGCCGCAAGGAGGAGGACGAGGCCAGGGCCAAGGGGGUCGGGCCUCAGGGAGCCGGUUUCAGGGCGAUCAGGGGGUUGGCGGCAGAGGAGGAAAUCGCCAAGCGGGAGGAAGGGGUCAAGUGAAAAGGGAGCAGCUAGAAGAGCAGGUCUUAGUAGUCUAUGUUAGGCCAGUCACUGAGCCUAAGGAAGAGAAGCCUAUAGACCCUGCUAUUGCCAAGUUGCUGGAAGAGUUUAAGGACCUAGCUGAGUCGUCGACAGGAACAGUGUCGCGGCCCAUCCAGCACCGUAUUGAGAUAGAGCCUGGCAGUAGAACUCCUAAGGGCGUUGUUUAUAGGAUGUCCCCGUGGGAGUUAGAGGAGAUUCGCAAGCAAUUGGACGAGCUCCUUGAAAAGGGUUGGAUUAGGCCCAGUUCGUCUCCUUGUGGAGCACCUGUUCUCUUUGUCCCCAAGAAGGAGGGAGAGCUAAGGAUGUGUAUAGACUAUAGGGGUCUGAAUGCUAUUACAGUGAAGAAUGUUGAACCACUAUCGAGGAUAGAUGAUCUUCUAGAUCGAGUGCAGGGGUGCAAGUAUUUCUCUAAGAUAGAUUUGAAGCAUGGAUAUCAUCAGAUAGAGGUUCACCCUGAUGAUCAGUACAAGACCGCGUUCCGGACUAGAUAUGGGCAUUAUGAGUUUAUAGUGAUGCCCUUUGGACUAACCAAUGCGCCAGCAACUUUCCAGCAGUGUAUGAAUGACCUGUUUAGGCCUUGGUUAGAUAGCUUUGUCGUAGUUUAUCUGGAUGAUAUCUUAGUGUUUAGCAAGACCCUCGAAGAGCAUCAGGGUCAUCUCAGGCAGGUCUUGGAGAAGCUGAGGGAAGCUAACUUCAAGAUCAACGCAAAGAAGCGCGAGUGGGCGAAGACCCAAGUUUUGUAUUUAGGCCAUGUCUUAGACGGAGACGGCAUCAAGCCCGAAGACAGCAAGAUUGCAACGAUUAGAGAUUGGCCGGCACCGCUCCUUAAGGUAGUCGAUCCGUCCUUGCCCUUUGUCGUCACCUCGGACGCCAGUCAGUACGGCAUAGGUGUUGUGUUGCAGCAAGACGAUGGCCAUGGUUAUAGGCCCGUAGAGUUCAUGUCCGCCAGAAUGCCUUCAGAGAAGGUCGCGACAUCUACCUAUGAGAGGGAACUCUAUGCUCUCAGGCAAGCCUUAGAACACUGGAAGCACUACUUGCUUGGGAGGCACUUCAAAGUCUAUUCCGAUCAUGAGACAUUGAGAUGGUUAAAGACGCAGGCCAAGAUGACACCUAAGCUUACUAGGUGGGCCGCAGAGAUAGAUCAGUAUGACUUUGAGCUCAAGCCAGUCAAGGGAAAGUAUAACGUAGUUGCGGAUGCUCUAAGUAGGAGAGUUGAUUACUUUGGGGCGAUAGUGCAUUACCUAGACAUAGGGAGCGACCUGCAGCAGAAGAUUAGAGAAGCCUAUGCGCAGGAUCCUAUCUAUAGUGACCUCCUCAAGAGAGUCAAGGAGGCCCCAGAGACUGAGCCGAACUACCGCACUACUGAAGGGUUGCUCUUUGAGAAGACUAAUGUAUUUGACCGCUUGUGCAUUCCCAGUAGCGAAGAGAUCCGUAGUCUGAUUUUGGGAGAAUGCCACAACACAGAGGGUCAUUUUGGUUGGCAAAAGACUUUAGCCAAUCUGAUGCGCGCAUAUACCUGGCCAGGGAUGAAGAAUGACUGCGUAGAGUAUGUUCGCAGUUGUAAAGAGGAGGAGUCUGAGGAGAAUGAGGAGGAGGACAACGAGGAGGAGGAUAAUGACGUUGAGGACGACGAGGAGAAGGAGGAAGAAGAGGAGGAGGAGGAGGAGAAGGAGGAUGGGGAAGAGGAAGAAGAAGAGGAGGAGGAGGAGAAGGAGGAGGAGGAGGAGGAGGAAGAAGAGGAGGAAGAAGAGGAGGAGGAGGAGGAAGAGGAGGUGGAGGACAAAGGGAAGCAAACUCACCUGGCGUGGGCGGGCGAUGGCGCGUGGGUUGCGGCCGUUGGGCGUCGGAGUUCGGCAACUGCAACCUCGAACUCCACUGACAGGGCAGGGCGAAGUCACGUGCGAGAGAGCGCCGCAGUGCCUCAGAAUUCAAAUUUGAAAUCGGCCCGAUCUGGGUCGUCGAUCACAGAGAUCUGACGGCCAAGAUCGGGCCAUUUUCAUUUUCGAUUUCCGAGGCCCUACCGGCCUCGGAAAAAAAUUCCCUUCAGCCCCCCCGCUUCUCCCCUGCCCGCUUCUCACCCUCACGGCGCCAGAUUCCCCUUGGAAGCACCCCCCCCAAAUUCCCCACUGAUCGGACGUAGGGCCCCGGGCGGACGACCGACCGGUUGUCCGAUCGGACAACCCCGGACGGUCAAGGGGGGUCCGGACGUCCGAUCAGGUAACCUAGCCCAAAACGU